AUGUACGUCACAAUGAUGAUGACCGACCAAAUUCCGCUGGAGCUGCCACCGUUGCUGAACGGGGAGGUCGCCAUGAUGCCCCACAUCGUGAACGGCGACGGAUCCCAGCAGGUCUUUUUGGUUCAAGUUAAUCCAGGUGAAACCUUUACAAUAAGGGCUGAGGAUGGAACCCUACAGUGCAUCCAAGGACCCGCGGAGGUUCCCAUGAUGUCACCCAAUGGAUCCAUUCCCCCUAUCCACGUGCCUCCUGGUUACAUCUCACAGGUGAUAGAAGACAACACCGGCGUUCGGAGGGUGGUGGUUACCCCCCAGUCUCCAGAGUGUUACCCUCCUAGUUACCCUUCAGCCAUCUCUCCAACCCAUCACUUACCUCCAUACCUGACGCACCAUCCCCAUUUUAUUCACAACUCGCAUACAGCUUUUUAUCCUCCUGUCACUGGACCUGGGGACAUACCACCACAGUUUUUCCCACAGCAUCAUCUUCCCCCUACAAUAUAUGGAGAACAAGAGAUCAUACCACUAUAUGGGAUGUCCAGCUAUAUUACCAGGGAAGAUCAGUACAGCAAACCACAGCACAAAAAACUCAAAGACAGGCAGAUUGAUCGCCAGAACCGGCUGAAUAGUCCUCCUUCAUCCAUCUACAAAAGCCAUCUAGGCAGCUGCACAACUGUAUAUAAUGGUUAUGCAAAGAGCCACAACGGGGCGAGCAGCGGAGGCGGCGGCGCCGCCCCGGCCAUGAAGAAACCGGAGCGCAGAGCGAGGAGCAGCCCAAAGGCCAGUGAACAAGACUCACAUGAAUUUGAUUCAGAAACAAAAAGGGUUCAAGACAUUCUUUCUGGAAUGGAGAAACCACAGGUUACAAAUAUUCAAGCAAGAACAGUUUUGCUUUCCUGGUCACCUCCCACUGGCCUCCUAAACGCAGACAGACACAACAAUGGUUUGCCUUACACCUGUACCUACGAGGUUGCCUUAUCAGAUAAAGGGAGGGAUGGAAAAUACAAGAUAAUUUACAGUGGAGAAGAAUUAGAAUACAACCUGAAAGACCUUAGGCCAGCAACAGAUUAUCAUGUCAGGGUAUAUGCAAUGUACAACUCAGUGAAGGGAUCCUGCUCAGAGCCAGCCAGCUUCACCACUCACAGCUCAGCACCAGAGUGUCCCUUCCCACCCAAACCCUCUCACAGGACCAAAAGCUCCUUAACCUUACAGUGGAAGGCACCCAUUGAUAAUGGUUCAAAAAUCACCAGCUACCUUCUGGAGUGGGAUGAGGGAAAAAGGAACAGUGGUUUCAGAGAGUGUUACUUUGGAAGCCAGAAGCAUUGCAAGCUGACCAAGCUCUGUCCAGCUCUGGGUUACACCUUCCGAUUGGCAGCUCAGAAUGACAUCGGUACGAGUGGGUACAGCCAGGAGGUGGUAUGCUACACUGCAGGUAAUAUCCCUCAGACCCCUUCUGCACCACGGCUGGUUCGAGCUGGUGUUACAUGGAUUGCAUUGCAGUGGAAUAAAGUAGAAGGAUGUACACCAGAGGAAGUGAUUUCCUACACCCUGGAAAUUCAGGAAGAGGAUAAUGAUAGUGUGUUUCACCCAAAGUACACUGGAGAGGAGCAAGCCUGUACUGUGAAGAAUCUCAGAAGAAGCACACAGUAUAAAUUCAGGCUGUUUGCUUCUAAUGUGGAAGGAAAGAGUUCUCCCAGUGAAGUGCUGGUCUGUACCACAAGCCCAGACAGGCCAGGACCUCCGACCAGACCAGUUAUUAAAGGGCCAAUAACAUCUCACGGCUUCAGUGUGAAGUGGGAUCCUCCCCAGGAUAAUGGUGGUUCAGAAAUCCUGAAGUAUCUAUUAGAGAUUUCUCAAGGGAGUCCAGAAGCAAAUCAGUGGGAAGUGGCAUAUAGUGGAUCAGCUACAGAAUAUACCUGUACUCACUUGAAACCAGGCACUUUGUAUAAACUCCGGGCAUGCUGUAUCAGCACCGGUGGACACAGCCAGUGUUCUGAGAGCUUACCUGUCCGUACGCUGAGCGUGGCACCAGGUCACUGCCGGCCCCCCAGGGUUCUGGGGAAGCCAAAGCACAGAGAAGUACAGCUGCAAUGGGACGUCCCUCCAUCAGAAGGUGACUGUCCCAUCUCAGAGUACAGCGUAGAAAUGACAGAACCUGAAGAAAUUGUUUCUGAAGUUUAUCAUGGUCCUGAUCUGGAGUGCACAGUCAGCAACCUCCUCCCUGGAGCCACGUACCGGUUCAGAGUGCGGGCGCUGAACGACGGCGGGUAUGGGCCAUAUUCAGAAGCUACAGAAGUCACCACGGCAGCAGGAGCACCGGGCCAGUGCAGAGCCCCUUCCCUUUCCUUCCUCUCCAACACACGAGUACUUGUAAGCUGGGAGAGUCCUGAAUGUUCUGGUGCUGACAUCUCUGAAUACAGAUUAGAGUGGGGAGAAGAUGAGGAGUCUCUACAACUUGCAUAUAGUGGCACAGACACCUGUUUUGAAAUAAGUGGAUUGUCGGUGGCAGCACAUUACUGCUGUAGGCUGCAGGCUAUUAACCAGGCAGGAGCUGGGCCCUACAGCAAGCUGGUAACCUGCAGGAUCCCCGCGGCGGUGCCUGAUGCAGUCUCUGCCCUCUCUGUGCUGGAGGACGAGCACAUGGAUGCCUGUCAGCUCUCACCCUCUGUGUGCCUUGUACUGAACUGGGAAGAGCCAUGCAAUAAUGGAGCUGAGAUUACAUCCUACAACAUUGACCUGGGUGACAUCAGCAUUCCAGUAGGAAAUGUCACAAGUUACGUUAUUGAGGAUUUGCUGCCAGAAACCUCAUACAGGAUCAGGAUCCAGGCAGUCAAUGAAAUUGGAGCUGGACCAUUUAGCCAUUUCAUUAAAGCAAAAACCAGGCCGUUACCACCCUCGCCUCCUCGGUUGGAGUGUGCUGCAGCAGGUCCUCAGAGCCUGAAGCUGAAAUGGGGAGACAGCAGUUCCAAGCUUCACACUGCUGAUGACAUGGUCUACAUCUUGCAGAUAGAAGACAGAAAUAAAAGGUUUAUUCCGAUUUAUAGGGGACCAAGUCACACGUACAAGAUACAAAGGCUGACAGAAUCCACCUGUUACUCGUUCAGAAUACAGGCAGUCAAUGAUGCUGGGGAGGGACCUUUUUCAGAAAUAUGUACCUUCUGCACAACUAAGUCAGUCCCCCCUGCAAUCAAAGCCCCUCGAGUGACACAGUUGGGAGGAAACGCCUGUGAAAUUACCUGGGAAACUGUCCCACCUAUGAAGGGGGAUCCUGUUGGUUACGUUCUGCAGGUACUGGUUGGAAGAGAAUCAGAAUACAAGCAGGUGUACAAGGGAGAAGAGACCACAUUCCACAUCUCAGGCCUUCAAGUCAACACAGACUAUCGGUUUCGCGUCUGCGUCUGCCGCCGGUGCUUGGAUACCUCACAGGAACUGAGUGGACCUUUCAGCCCAUCCGUUGCCUUUAUGCUUCAGCGAAAUGAGAUCAUGCUUGCAGGAGAAGUGGGAAGCACAGAUGAUCCUAAGAUCAAGAGCAUGAUUGCUACUGAUGAACAGUUUGCAGCCCUUAUUGUUCUUGGCUUUGCAAGUUUGUCAAUCAUAUUCGCCUGUAUAUUACAAUACUUCUUUAUGAAGUAGAGAAUUCCAUGGAAGUUUGAGAUACAAAUUUAACUAAUGCUACGCAUUAUAAUCCACACAUUUAUUCAGAUAUUCCUUUUUUUUUUUAAUCCUUUUGUUCUACCAUACAUUUUAUAUACUUCUCUCGUUUUUACAGUUCUAGCUUGAAGAAAGAUAAAUCAGUGUUUUGAUGCACCUUUUUGAAAUUCAAAACUAGGAAGUGGUCAAACUGGAGAAAGACACAAACCAGACACCAAAAGCAAGACUUUUUUUCCUUCACAGUUAGUUUCAAAAUUGUCACCAAUUUGCCUUUUCAAUGUUGUUUUUGGUUUUCUUCACUGAAGUUCUUACAGUCUCUUAUUUUAUCCUACUAUUUAGGAAAUUUUACUCAUGAGUCACCUUUUUGUCUCUUCUUUUUCCUUCUAAACAUUAGUCACGAGUGUGUAGUGGUAAGCCUAGAAUACAGUGUUAGUCAACAGUACCAGGUUUUCCAUGAACAGUAUUAGUAGUGUUGCCUAUUAAUUAUUCAUUACAUUUGCCCCAGGUUUUUUUAAGAUGAAACAUAAAUUGUUACUUUUAACUGUUUAGUGCAUUUAAAUCGGAACAAUAUCCUGCAGUCAAAAAAUCUUUUUAAUUGUUAUUUUUACACUUACAACACUAUAAACUGCCUGUAUGAGAAAUCAAGUAACCAAACUGCAUAUAAAUUGUGAAGCAUUAUAGUUGUUUUUUUUACCAUUUUGAUUCCUAGCAGUAAUUUUAAGUAAGAGGGCAUUGUGCAAUAGUUAGUUAUUCCCAUGUUCAGCUAUUUAAAAGCUGCUUUAACUUGUCUGUCACUGUAUAUAACUAUUCCUGAUCUAAUGCUAGAUAUUAUUCUGUUGUGUUCAGCCUGAUUUAUAUGAUUGGAGCUGGUGACAGCUUACUGCCUCUACUGAACUAGGUGAGAUUUACUCUCAGUGUAAGCAAACUUUACUGUCAGUUGAUUUUUUUAAUUAUUAUUGUUGUUAUUAUUUGGAGGGGGAAUCCAUUUGAUGGAACUUUUUUGGAGGUAUCAGAAAUGAGAUCUGUUAUUUUAAAUAUCUUAAAUGGGUGCCGGUGCUGUUCUUACCACAGGGCUAAUUGAAAUAACUUGGUACAUGGCAAAAUUCAGACCAGAGUCCUGCUCUGAUGGGAAUGUCCCCCCUCCUUCUGCCUGCCCCUUCCAAGAUACUCAUUUUAAUCCAACAAGAU